CCCUGUCCUGGCUGUGCAUGUGUCUGUGUGUGCAUGAGUGUGUCGGGGGGGUCCACUGAUGCACACCUCACUUGAACCCUCUGGUUAGGCUAUGGUCCUGCACUCUCUUUCUCUCUAUCUAUUUGGACGUUUCUGACUGAAUAGUUGACAAAUGAGACUAAAGCACUAGAAGAUGUACUACGUUAAAAAGAAGUCCCAAUACAACUUGCUGAGCAGCAGCAUGGAGAGCCUGGGGAGCCGUGCGACAUCCGCCAGCCCCUACAGCUCGGAGAACGCCUCCUCGUCGGCCGUGCCCACCCCCUCACCCUACUCCCAGCCCAACUCAACCUUUGAGGGCCUGUCACCUGCCCCGGCCAUCCCCUCCAACACCGACUAUCCUGGACUGCACACAUUCCAGGUGUCCUUCCAGCAGUCUAGCACUGCCAAGUCUGCCACAUGGACCUACUCUCCCUUGCUGAAGAAGCUCUACUGUCAGAUUGCCAAGACCUGUCCAAUCCAAAUCAAGCUGUCCUCCUCUCCUCCUCAUGGCAGCAUCAUCAGAGCCAUGCCUGUCUACAAGAAGGCGGAGCACGUCACAGAAGUGGUCAAACGCUGCCCCAACCACGAACUAGGACGAGACUUCAACGAUGGUCAAGCAGCCCCGGCCAGUCACCUGAUCCGAGUAGAGGGGAAUAACCUCUCUCAAUACGUGGAUGAUCCUGUCACUGGUCGGCAGAGUGUCUGCUUGCCGUAUGAGGCUCCACAGGUGGGGACUGAGUUUACCACCAUCCUGUAUAACUUCAUGUGCAACAGCAGCUGUGUGGGCGGCAUGAAUAGAAGACCCAUCCUCAUCAUCAUCACUUUGGAAAGCAGGGAGGGUCAAGUUUUGGGCAGAAGGUCGUUCGAAGGUCGGAUAUGUGCGUGUCCUGGCCGAGACCGCAAAGCGGACGAGGACCACUUCAGGGAACAACAGGCCCUGCAUGAGAGUGUGGCCAAAAAUGGCAGCGCCAACAAGCGCAACUUCAAACAGAGUCCUCCAAAUAUUCCCAGUCCAAAUAUUAACAUGAGGAAGAGGCGGCAUGGAGAAGAAGAGAUUUACUAUAUUCCCGUUCGUGGUCGGGAUAACUUUGAGCUGCUGAUGAAGAUUAAAGACAGUUUGGAGCUGGUGGAGCUGGUGCCACAGACACUUGUGGACUCCUACAGACAACAAACACAGCAGCAGCUUCUGCAGAGACCGAGCCAUGUAGCAUCCCCCUCCCCUUACUCUCCAAUGUCCAACAUGAACAAACAAAAUGUCCACGGAGGCCUCAACAAACCACCCUCUGUCAACCAGCUGAUGGGGCAGCAGCCCCAGCAACACCACACUGCCCCCAACUCCAUAGCGCACAUGGGUUCAAACAUGCUCAACAGCCACCACAUGCAGGGAAAUGGUGAAAUGAAUGGUGGACACAGCAGUCAGACAAUAUUGUCUGCCUCCCACUGCAGCCCGCCCCCUCCGUAUAACCCUGACCCCAGCCUUGUCAGUUUUCUAACCAGUCUGGGCUGUCAGAACUGCAUUGAGUACUUCACCUCCCAAGGCCUCCAAUCUAUCUACCAUCUCCAGACUCUCUCCAUGGAGGAUUUAGGUGCACUGAAGAUACCGGAGCAGUUCCGCCUUGCCAUCUGGCGAGGUCUGCAGGACAUGAAACAAGUUGCUCCCCUCCAAAUGCCUGCUUCCACUCAUCACCAUGACUACCAUGGCCAGCAACUUCUUCGCUCCAGCAGCAACAUGACUGCAUCUGCCAUGGCGGCCAUUGGGGCUGCCAGCGGGGAACUCCAACGGCAGCGCGUCAUGGAGGCUGUGCACUUUCGUGUCCGCCACACCAUCACCAUCCCCAACAGGUCAGGUGUCGUUGGGACAUCGGGGAUGGCGGCAGCUAAUGAUGAAUGGGCUGACUUUGGUUUUGACAUGCCCGACUGCAAGCUGUCGCGCAGUAGGCACUCCAUUAAGGAGGAGUUCAUGGAAAGUGAUGUUCAUUGAGCCUGAAGAGAAUCUCUGGAUCCAAUAUGGUUGCCAGCAUUUGCCUAGUUACAAAGUAAAGGCAUCUAACUAUAAUUAUGCUUUUUAGUCAGUGAUCAAGUUCCAUUUCGUUCGGCCGACAUUUCAGUGUGUUUAAUGCACUUUUCUGUGCGGUCUUGAUUUUGUGCUUGAACAGUUGUUCCACCCAGAGAUUUGAACAUGAGAUGACACAAAAAGACAUCUCAAGUCUAAAUAGCAAAUGCCACUGUGGUAAUAGCAUUAUCAGGACAAUGCUAAACACAUAUGGUCUGGACUAUACUUUUUGGGAUUCUGACAAGUGACUGUUGAUAAACGUUGUUUUUUCUUCUUCUGGAAAACGUAAUGUUGAUUAGUUGCACAUAAUUUUUUUUAUUAGCAUCUAGUACAUUCAUAGUGAACAUAAAAUGUAGCAAUUUCACAAUCGCACAAAUGUCACAGUAGAAGAAUCACAGACUCCCAAUUUUCUAGUUUGAAUUUUGUCUUUUAAUACACACAAUUAAUUCUCAGCU